GAGCUUCGGACACCCGUUGGUCAUGUUCUAUGUGGACUUCAACAUAACCGAGAAGAAAUGUUCUCAUAUGGAUGGCAUUUAUCUUGGUGAGGAGUGCUUGACGAUGGCUGUGAAAACCCACUGCCAAAACCAGUUGAAGCGGAGGCGGAGUCGCAGUGAUCGUAUGGCGAGCCGAGCAAGGGGAACGAUAGGCAGAACCGGCCGCGUGGAGCAUAACAGCGGCCUCUGUGAGAUUCACUUUCUCCCCCUGGUGGUCGGAGUGAAGGACAGCAACCGAACACAACGCCUACACUGUGUGGAUCACCCAGACUUUGCCAGAUGCCCACAGCCUUUGCCCAUGACCAGCCCCAGUUUGCCUAUCUCCAGCUGUGAGCUCAGUACAAACACCCACCGGUGCCAACAGCAACGCCUUGCCACACACCUGUCCUGCCGCCUCUACCAGACAUGUGAUCAUGCUGUUCUCUUGUCAGGUGGCUGGCAGGAGCAGAUAACAUACCAGCACCAUGUGCAGAACCUACAACUCUUUUACCAGAUGCUGAGGAACAACGGCUUCCAUAAGGACCACAUAAAGACAUUCUUUGCUGGGAAUGGACAGGUAGCAGCAAAAGACACAGAGGGGAUGUAUCCAGCCACAGAAAAAGAUGCGAUCAGGAAACACAUUUCCUAUAUCUGCCGAAAGCAGCACUGUGCAGAUUCUCUGGUUUUGUACCUGAACAGCCCCACACGCAAUGACGGAACCAUGCUGCUCUGGGACCGCAAUAACAAUGGCAUUGCUGAUCUGAAGGAGCGUUACUCCGUGAGAGAACUUUUGGCAGAUCUGGCAGGGUGCAGGGCCAGUCGAGUGCUGCUGUUUGUGGAGCAGAGCUACUGUGGGGCACUCAGCAGGAGACUGAUGAGGUCUCUCAAAGACGUCAAUGUUGUGCUGCUGAAUGGGCUGCCCUGGGUGAAGACAGCUGAGUUUUGGGCAUCUCUGCACCCAUCCCAGUGCCUCAUAGACCAUCUCAGUAAGCAGAGUUCUAUGAUACCACGAGUGGGUGAUGCUGCCCUGGGCCUGCUGAAUGUCACUCUGGCAGGUGCUCCGUGUAACUCUACCCCACCCCUCACUGAGGCUGAGAUGCGGAAGGAGUACAUGGGCUGCCAAAACCUGCCUACAGCCCUGUGGUACCAAAAACGGCCCAAGUCUGACAACAACAGGAACUGAGGGGAAAAAGCAUAAUGCCAAAAACCUCUUUGACCACUUUCAGGACUUUAAAAUGGACCAAUGCUACAGUUUUCCAGUCACCUAAUUCGGACACUUCAAUGUUCAGUUGGAUCCCAGUUUGGGACACUCCAGUUAUGGAGUACUUCCUUCUAAAAGAGAGGAAAACAUGUACCUACCAGUAGUCCUAAAAGUAUGACUUUGUAUAAUCCACAACCUUUAAACCAUGACCAACCAUUUCCUCUUCCAAUCAACCUGUGUGUGCAUACUUAAUUCACCAAGUGAAGCACAUAGACCUUGACAAGCUGUUGAGGAAUGUACAACAAAAAGUGUGCUUAAACAACUGAAAGAAGAGGAAGUAAUGCAGGACAGAGACAGAGAGAAAGUGUCUCUCAUGUCCUCACUCUGAACUGCAGUUCCCCUGCUUGGCAUCCCAUGGGGUGCAUCCCAUGCUCAACUUCUCCUCUCUCUGCCUGCCAUGGGAGUUCAGCCCAGGGGCAACAGCACUCCUUUACCAGAAUGUUCUUCCUUGGGUCAAAGCACAGGGCACGCCUGGAACUAAACAAUGGUGACAACGCCACUCUGAUACACACCUCACACUCACUUUAACAUUUCAGGACAAAUCUACAUGCACCUCCUCCUUCAAGCUUAAUAUGGGACAGAGUGGUCCUGCAUGAUUUAGUAAUGAGAAAUGUUUUUCACUGUGUCUGGACCCUAGCAGACACUGGGCUCUGCAAGCAUGUAUGUAAGGAAGAACUCUUACUCCCUUAUUCCACUCUGUUCUAAACACUCUGCAGCAUUUCCUUAUCUUCUCAUCCAUUAAAAAACUAGUAACAGAUAACGAUGACAGUGACGAGAAGAUAUUUCAGGCUACAUGCCAUUCCAAGCUGACCCUAUGGGAAUUCCUACACAUUCUUCAUAAAUUACCAACAGUCUGAGGACAUAUUUCUGUAACAUUUUUCUGGCCUAAUUUACAUUAAAAGUUAAGACUGUGUAAAAGUUCACAGCAGUGAAACCAGCAAAUGAGCCACAAUCCAUAUGGACCCUCACUCCUUCCUGGUUUUUCUAUACUAUUGGCCAACCCCUCUCAAAACAAACAUCAAUGCAUUUAAGUCAAUCAUUAUAAGUCUGAGCCUAAAUCAUUCAAGACAAAUACCAAUUUUUUGUAGUUCAGAAAUGUGUUAUUCUGUAAAUAUUUCUGUCAUGUUCUGCUUAAUGUGUUUUAUUGUCAGUAGUUCUUACAUGUCUUUGUGAGUGUUAAACCAUAGCUUGAGCGAAAAGAUGUAAAUACUCUAAAUAAAUUAACUUUUGUACAUAGUCAGGGUUGAAUUUAUUUACAGACUUUAUUUCUAGUUUUAAAACUAAAAAAAUGUGUUUUAUUAAAAUGAUUACACAGAGAAUGAAAAUACAAAAAGUAGGUUAUAAAAUCUUUGUUCUACAGAACAUCCAGCUUUUGUUAUACCAAAGCAACCACUCAAUAACAUGUUAUGAUAGCUUUUAAAGGCUAUAGGCUAAUCUUCCCUUUUUGGUAUUUCUGUGAAUGUCUAAUUCAUAUUCCUUUAUUACCUACCAGCUUUGUAAAAGCUAUUUAUCUUUUAAAAUGAAUUCAUUUUAUCAUACUGUAACUCACAAUUUCAUUCAGGAUUUUUAAAUCACCCUGCCCUUUUUGUUAAACUGCAUUCAAACCACAUUGCAAAGCAUGUCAUUGAUAUUAAAA